AUGUCCAACUCCGUUCCAGUGGACUCGGAGAAGCUUCACGCCCAGGUGCUGGAGAAUGCCCUACAGGGCGACGCCGUGUCCAUGGUGGUGCUCCUCCCGCGAUAUGGGAGAGCCAAGGAGGUGGACAGGCUGGUCCGACGCCUGAGGCCCAGGAGACUCGUGUCUGUGGUGAAGGCGAUGCCCUCCGUCCCGCUGAUAGUCAAGUUUCCCAAGAUCAGCGUGGAGAGUACUCUCGGGGAUGAACUCAUUUCGUAUAAGAAACGUAAUCCUGGGAAGCCAGAUGUAAACCUCUGUUGGACCUCAAGAUGGUGGCUGAAGGAAAAUUGGCUCGCAGGUGGACGAAGAAGGCGCAGAGGCGCAGCGGCGACGGGCGCUGUGAAGUCUAGUCCAAUGCCUCCAAAGACGACGUUCACGUGCAACCGGCCCUUCGUUUUCUACAUUAAAGAUAACGAGGCGAACAACAUCCUGUUCAUGGGUGUUUAUAGGGUCUUUGAGGGUCCUCUGCUGGACCUUGUUAUCAUUAUGAUAUAUCGUUGUAAACCAGAUUAA